AUGGCCAGAUUGGCGGAUACACUGACGGAAGCUGGGCAUAAUGUGACAUUUCUGAUCCCUGUCGCUGAUGAAACAAGAAAAGGACAAUUGGGAGUGAAGUUAACGAAGGAUGUGGUAAUGGUGGAGCAAGACGCCGAAAUGCGUCGUCACGUGAAACCAAUCGACGAUGAUAUGGUACAGUUUUGGACAACAGAUAUGGACUCAUCGAAUACUGAUACAAUCUUCAACAUGUUCACCGAGUCGAUGACACUCUCCUGUGAGAACUUUAUGCGCAAUCGAGAAGUAUUCGACCAGAUGAAAUCCCGUAACUUCGACGUGGGAAUCUUCGAACCAGUCUCUGUGUGUGGACUCGGAUUUAUGCAUGCUCUGGGGAUAGAUAAAGUGAUAAUGGCAUCAUCGUGUACCCACUAUGACGGAACAGUUGCCGCUAUCGGGGAGCCAUUGGAUUUCAGUUAUGUACCUGGGAUGAUGAGUAAAUCUGGAGAGAAAAUGAGUAUUUUCGAGAGACUUGAAAACUAUAAAAUGUCGAUGGCAUCCUAUAGAUGGCAGUACGGAAUGUGGGAUAAGUAA